CCUGCCUGUAUUUCUAGCCGCUUCCUCUCCUCUCCUCACUCUCGCGUCCCCCCCCCCUUCCCCGUGCGACCACGGACUUCCGUCAGCCCGUCCUGGAGCGUGAAAAAUAAGGAUCUCCACGUGUGUGAAAUCGACUUUGUUGUGUCUGCCCGCCCGCCAUGGCUGCCCUGCGUUCUACCUCGCGUCUCGUCGCCUCAUCACGGCCGCUGUUCCGUCCUGCCUUUGCGUCUCGCAGCUAUGCCACCGUCGGCGAGCCCGCUCCCUCCGAGCAGCCCAAGAUGAAGACCUUCCACAUCUACCGCUGGAACCCGGAUGAGCCCGCCGAGAAGCCCAAGAUGCAGAGCUACACGCUGGAUCUGAAGAAGACCGGCCCCAUGAUGCUGGAUGCGCUCAUCCGCAUCAAGAACGAGAUGGAUCCUACCCUGACUUUCCGGAGGAGUUGCAGAGAAGGUAUCUGCGGCAGCUGCGCGAUGAACAUUGACGGUGUCAACACCCUCGCUUGCCUGUGCCGUAUUCCCACCGAUACCGCCAAGGAGUCGCGCAUCUACCCCCUGCCUCACACCUACGUCGUCAAGGACCUGGUUCCCGAUCUCACCUACUUCUACAAGCAGUACAAGUCUAUCAAGCCUUACCUGCAGCGUGAUACCCCGUCUGAAGAUGGCCUUGAGUACCGUCAGAGCCAGGAGGACCGUAAGAAGCUGGACGGUCUCUACGAAUGCAUUCUUUGCGCCUGCUGCUCAACAUCCUGCCCGUCGUACUGGUGGAACAGCGAAGAGUACCUCGGCCCUGCCAUUCUCCUGCAGUCGUACCGUUGGUUGGCCGACUCCCGUGAUGAAAAGACCGCCGAGCGCAAGGCCGCCCUGGAUAACAGCAUGAGCGUGUACCGUUGUCACACCAUUCUCAACUGCUCGCGGACUUGCCCCAAGGGCCUGAACCCGGCCCGCGCCAUCGCGGAGAUCAAGAAGAUGCUGACUUCUCACUAAAGCCACGGCGUUGAUUAAAAAAAAGAAGUUUCUAUUUUCCCCCUUCUUGACUCCUUUUUGAUAUACUCUUUUUCCUUAUUUUUCCCCC